AUGCUCACGAGACGUAUUAUCUGUGGCGCGACUUCGGUUUCGCAGUGUGUGAUUUUGGCUCCGCGUGGCACUCCAAGACGUGAUACUCUGGCAUGUGUAUCAAUGAGGUUGAGGUGGUAUCAUGAUGAUAGGGUUGGUCAUGAUAAUGGGAGAUCAAAAUCUAAAGGGGAAAUUUCAGCUCGAGGAAAGGGUGUAAUGGGGGAGAUGGGAAAAGGCGGAGAGGUUGAGGGGGUAAAUGGGGUGAAAGCGGGAAAGGAAGUGCAAGCUUGUGCGAUGAAUGGAGGGAAUGGAAAACCGGUGAUGGUAGCUGAGGGGGGAGAGAAGAUGGAGAAGGUAGAGAAGAAAAGGAAAACAAUGGCGGAAAUGGAUGAGGAAUUGAAGGCGAAGAUGGAGGGGAGAGAGGGGGCAGCGGGGAUUUCGUAUGAAGGGGGGAAACCGGUUACGGAUGGGUUUGGGAGGGGUGUGAGGAGUAAUAUGUUUAGGGUUAUUUGA